AUGGAUGUGCCCACCCAUGCCUUUUCCCAUGCAAUGGCCACCCGGAGACCCAUGGGCAGCAUACAGGGCACAUUACAACUGACCUUCAACUCCACUAGAGGGAGCCUUCUCACAAGCACCUUCUGCGACAAGAAGACUUCAGACGUUGGCUUCACGCCUCCCUCGUCCUCUCCCACCAGGCCGCGCAAUGACCGCAACGUCUUCUCCCGCCUCACCAGCAACCAGAGUCAGGGCUCUGCGCUGGACAAGUCUGACGACAGCGAUUCCUCUGUCUUGGAGGUACACUCCCUUAGCACCAACAGGGGCCUCAUUAACCCCGUGGGCGGUGCCAGGAGCGCCCGGACGGCCCCGCUGCAGUGCAUCUCCGUGGCGGAAGGACACUUCAAGCCCGUUCUCUGCGUGGACGCCACCAACGAGCUGCUCUUCUCCGGAUCCAAAGACCGGAGCUGCAAAAUGUGGAACCUGGUGACGGGCCAGGAUAUCGCCUCGCUAAAGGGCCACCCCAAUAAUGUGGUGUCCAUCAAGUACUGCAGCCACUCAGGGUUGGUCUUCACUGUCUCCACCUCCUACAUCAAGGUGUGGGAUAUCCGGGAUUCGGCCAAGUGCAUCCGCACCCUCACCUCUUCAGGCCAGGUGAUCUCUGGGGACGCCUGGGCUGGGACCACCACCCGCACCAUCGCCAGCGUGCAGGGCGAGCACCAGAUCAACCAGAUCGCACUCAACCCCACUGGCACCAUGCUCUACGCUGCCGCCGGGAACUCUGUCCGCAUCUGGGAGCUCAACAGGUUGCAGCCUAUCGGGAAGCUGACCGGCCACAUCGGGCCUGUGAUGUGUCUCACUGUGAACCAGACUGCGAGCAACCAUGACCUGGUCGUCACCGGCUCCAAGGAUCACUACGUCAAGCAUAACUUCGAGCCCCCGCACUACGACGGCAUCGAGUGUCUGGCCAUCCAGGGCGACGUGCUCUUCAGCGGCUCCGGGGACAACGGGAUCAAGAAGUGGGACCUGGAGCAGCAGGAGCUCCUCCAGCAAAUCCCCAACGCGCACAAGGACUGGGUCUGUGCCCUGGCCUUCGUCCCCGGCCGCCCCAUGCUGCUGAGCGCCUGCCGCGGGGGCGUGGUGAAGGUCUGGAACAUGGAGAACUUCUCGCCCGUUGGGGAGAUCAAGGGCCACAACAGCCCCAUCAAUGCCAUCUGCACCAAUUCCAAGCACAUAUUCACUGCUUCCAGCGACCUGACAGUGAAGCUCUGGAGCUGGAGAAGAUUGCUGAACGGCCCGACCUAGGCACUGGAAAGGCCGGAGCCAGGGCGACUGUCAGGCUCCCUGGCGGGCCCAGGCCCCAGCCCCUCUCCCUGGCUGUGAAGAGCUGGGAGCGGCCUGGCCUGUGUGUGCUCCAGUUUCCAGGACUCUGGGGUGACGGCGUCUCAACUGGGGCUUUGUGAAC